AUGAGACGAGAAAAAAGACCGACUAAAAUAGACUUUAGAUACAUUAUCCGUAUAUUUGAGGUUUUGAUUGAUAGAGAAACUUAUGUUGAAUUUAAAUGGAUGAAGGCAUCCUCAAGUGCUAUUAUUACAAUUAAAGAAGCUAAGAAAUAUGGUUUCAAAAAAAAUAUUGACGAUUAUUUGAAAUAUAAUGAAAUUAUUAAAAUAAAUAAAAUGGAAAGUAUUGAUAGUGGAAAGUUAGGCGACAUGCCCAAGUAUUUCUGUACUAACGAAAAUUGCUACAUGAAAUAUAAUAGUUCAGCUGGUCGUGAUCAGCAUGUACUUUACGUACAUAUAAAAAAAGUAAAAAAAGGAAAGAUAAGACAAGCGAUCAAAGAUGAUAAAGAAAAAAUGAAGUUAAUAAAAAAGAUUGAAAAUGAGAAAAAAAAGAAAUUUUUUUAA